CUCUUUUCCCUUUUUAUAUAUAUAUUUUCUUUUUUCUUUUCCUUUUUCCCUUUUAUUUAUUUAUUUAUUUAUUAUUUCCUGUGCCUUCAUUCUGUUCCCACUGCUGAGUAUAUCUCUUCCCUUCUCUUAACAUCUAACUUACCGUACUGCAGAAGAGGAGGAGAAAGAGCAUACCCCUUCUCUCCUUCUCUGCCUUAUCUGCGGAGAGACAGACACACGGACAGACUGGCAGAAAGAGAGAUAGAGCUUUGGGUUCAGGGGUGAUUCACACACUGUCGUUUCUUGUUGCUCCUUUGCAUGAUCUUUGUGGUUGUUCGCCAGGGUUUAUAACUUACAACAUAAGGAGGAGGAGCAGUAGUUAGCAAGCAAGCAACAGCGCGCGUCUUGCGUGCCCUCUGGACAAACUUCCCCCUGGUUCACACUUCCUUUGUUACUCUAGCUGUUCUCACCUUCCCUUCUUCCAAAACUUACACCCCCAACCCAACCCAACCCGCUGUACCCUCUCUCCCACACCCCCCCCCCUUGCCUACUUACUUGCCUACCCUUAUUCUAUCACUCCUUAUUUAUUUUUAUUGUAACUGUCUUGUCUUGUCCCCAACCCUCGAACCUUUUUCCUCCGGGGUUAUUGGCAUUUCUGGAAGCGCGCGAGAGGCGGGAAGCGUUCGGGUGCCCCGUUGAACCCGUUUCUCCACGCCCUGGAAUCACUCUUGCGGCUCCGGAGCUUAUUUGCACCUCUCUCUCCCAGCAACUGACCUGGAAACGACAACUAGCAACACUCUUUUGUUAUUACACGCUCCAACGCACCCCGAACCACACACCCCCCUACACACUAUCACGCACCACCACUACCACCACCACUCACCCCCCCCAAUAUCAUUUUUUUUAUCUACACAUCGGCAUCGAUCACAUCAACACGCGCGACUGAUCUAGAUCUCCAUUCUUUCCUUUUCCUUUUUCCAUUAUUUUUCUUCUUACGCUUAAAUGUCCUCAACUCUUGACGCCGUACUGGCCAGCAUUGACCAGGUCGAGGCACUAAGCCCAGAUGACUUUUACCGGGUCAUCGAGCAUUGGAAGCGGCGAGCUGCGAUCCUGUGGGCUGGUCCAGCUCUCCCGAUGCGUGGACCGGCUCCCCCGAUGCAGGUUAGCUCUUUUGCAGCUCUUGAGUGCUUUGCAAAUGCACCUCCUACUCCCGCGGCGGGGGAUAACGAACCAGUUGCUGCAAUGAUGAACCCUUUGCAUAUCCCUCCAGGUCUGCCAGUCCCUAUGAUGCAGCAGCAGACCGCCAAGAAACGCCGGCAAAAGAGCACGGCUUCUGCGCGCAGUAGUAACGUUAACAUUAACGGCGGAGGUUCAGACCCUUCUACUCCCUCGACCAUCGGCCCGUCCACUUGGACCACCACCGCGAGAAAGAGACUCGACAGUAAGAUGCUCUCCCUAAAGGACUCGACCGUUCCCCCGCCGAGUAAUGCCACGCUCGCUCUUGCGAUUGAGAAGUUAAGGUACUUCAUCAUCAGAGCGCUGCACCCGAAUCUCCAUAGUGUUGAAAAGGGAGGUGAUAAUUGUUUGGGCCUGUCUAUGGGACCGCGUUUAAGUUUUAAUUACGAUGCGUAUAUUCAUUGGAUCGAUUCUAGUCAGCAGGAAGGCGAUGAGGCUACCAGGCGACUGGCUCAAGUGUGGUUCUUUUAUAAGAUGGCUGAUAUAUUAACCAUGUUCUGUGAUGACGAGAAGAGACGCGGGGAGGGUGGUAAUGAGCAGGGGAGGUUGCAGAGAGGCUAUGAUAAGCUGUUGCCGAUUUGCAAACGUAUACUUGAUACGGAUAACCGCCAGUACAUUCGCAAUUUGAUUUGCUCCAGUCGCCGGUUCAGACAACUUUGCAUUCACAUGGUUGGCUCUGAACGCGCGGAGAUAUUUGUUUUUUUCAAGGGGGAGCUUACGCUCACUGACCUCAAGGAUAUGACCGCCUCCGCCGCAAAGAUGGAUGAGACCACCGCUAUGCUCGACGUCGUUCUAGACGACUAUUUGACCACCGUUAGCAAUAUUGAAGUUCCGAUCGGCGGCGAGCUGACCGGAAUUAAAAUUGAUAUGUGGAACGGACUCUUGCAAUUAGCCUAGGGAAGAGCAAGUGGGUAUCGGUAUCGCUCUUCACCAGAAAACCUAAAAACCUCUUUUUUUCCCGAAAAAAAAAUCAAUAGCCACCAAAACCAUCUUAAUUGUACUACUAAGUUUUCUUUUUUUCCUUUCAGUCUCUCUUAGUUGUCUGCUUUAUUUAACUCAUCCGUACUUUCCUUUGCUUUUGCUUAGAGGCGUUAUGGAUCCUUUCGUCUUGCUUGUUUGUUCGUCCUGUCUUUUCUUCCCUUUUUUCAAGUUCGAGUUUGCCCCGUCUGUCUGCCUACUUGUCACAGCUGGGAUUAGCUGAGUCCUUGUUUGGCCUCUUUUUUUUUCUUUUUUCUCUUUCCUUUUUGUCUACUGCAGUAUCUGAAAGUUAUUAAGUGAUGUGCGCACGGACCGACCGAUGCAGAGCGAAACUAAUUGAUGGAUGGUUGAUGGGCGGGAUUGAGUGGGUGAGUGGAUGGAUACAAUACAAUAGACAGUGUCGUAUCAUAUCAUAGGGGAGAGGAGAGGAGAGGAAAGAAGUGGGGGGAAAUGUCUGUGUGAGCGGGUGAGUGAGUGAGUUUCUAGCUUGAGCUUUGUAGGACAGCAUUCCUACUGGUAUGACAGAGUGGAUGGGGCAUAUUGUGGUACCAUUAGUGACCCUUGUAUCAUACUCGUGCUAGUCAUAUACAACUAUUUAUGCGUA